CUUUGGACGAUCGACCGACGUGCGACUCUUGCAGCCGCCGACCGAAGCUCAUCGUUUCGCUUCAAAAAGGUCAGUUGGGUGAAUCAGACAAGCUCCAGCACAUGCAAAUUGGUAGUCACGACAUAUACCCAUGUCUUCGACCGUUCUGCUGUUAUCACCUCUGUGUCCAGCCUAGACUGACUCUUCAUCUUUCUCUCACUGAAUGACUGCCAAUUCAGCGCCGACAGAGCAGCAUGUUCGCUAUUGCACAUCUCCACAGUUUCGAUUACAUCUUCUCUACACCUUGAACGCCCAGCACAGAGAGAGAGAGAGAGAGAGAGAGAGAGAGAGAGAGAGAGAGAGAGAGAGAUAUCAUUGUGUUAAGAACGAUUACCGUACAUCGAACGGCAAAUCCCACACGAACGAUCUAGAAGACUCAGUAGUCGAGCCAAAAUUUGCAGCCGAUGCCCAUCUGUUCUCAGAAUGGCUAUCCGGAGAAACCUAUAGCGAUGGAGACAUCUCUCCGCACUCUGUUCCGAAGAAAUCUCCCCAGCGCAACGGCUUUGACCGUGUCUUCAAUCAACGGUACCCGACUCCGCUCCCGAGUCCACGUUCACCCCCUGUCCGUGAACCAGACUUUCGACUCGGACGCCGCGAGGCACGCGGCAACCACUCAACCAAAUACAAAGGCCCUAUGUCCCCCUCUUCCGAAGACCCUGCAAUUCCUCCGAUGCGGCAACUAGUCUAGAAACCAAACCUCCUCUUCCGUCCUCAAAUGCGAACGUAAUAGAGUCUGGUUUAUAGUUUACCUGCUGCUUCUAGCCACGAUCACUUUUUCUCCGUGAUUCCAGGACCUUUCAAAGGCCUCCAAGAACGGUGCCUGCCGUGUUACAGACGCCUCGUCCGCGAUACGAACACGAGAGAGAACACGAGUG